AUGAAAAAGAGUUCUGCCGCCAAGGAGAGCACCUUGGACGCAGUGCUGGAAUCCUCCGAUGAAAUAAGAGCAUAUGGCUUGUUCAAGCGCUUCUCAGACAAGCUUGACUCAUUGGGGGUCGAAGCAAGAGGAAUCGAAAGGAUCCAGCCGUAUGAAAGAGCAGUGAAUAAACGAAAGCAAUUUAUUACCGUCAUGGGACUCUGGCUUUCUGCUUGUGGAGGCUUGUCCUCGAUGUCGUCAUUUUACUUGGGGCCGUUGCUUUUUGGCUUGGGAUUGAAAAAUACUGCCAUCACUGGCAUUGUGGGUAUGACAUUAGGGUGUCUUGUGGCCGCCUACUGCUCCCUCAUGGGCCCUCGUUCUGGGUGCAGACAGAUGGUCAGUGCCAGAUUUUUAUUUGGAUGGUGGUUUGUGAAAUUGGUGUGUUUGGUAAGUAUCAUCGGUGUGAUGGGCUGGUCUGUGGUGAACUGUGUGGUUGGGGGACAAAUUCUCGCUUCCAUGAGUGACGAGAAAGUUCCUCUCGUUGCUGCCAUUGUCAUUAUUGCCGGGGUGUCGCUAUGUGUCUCCAUUGGAGGAAUCCACUACUUGCUUCGGGUAGAGGCAUUUCUAAGUCUCCCGGUGAACUUUGCAUUCUUGAUGCUAUACGUGGUAUCUUCCAGGAAAUUUGAAUAUCUCCUGAAUGCAGACGCUCCAAACGUCGACCAUGACACUGUCAAGGGCAAUAUGUUCUCGUUCUUUUCAUUGUGCUUCUCCAUCACGUCGACAUGGGGCUCUAUUGCAUCUGACUACUACAUCUUGUUCCCUGAGGAUACUCCAGAUAUCCAAAUUUUUUCCCUCACAUUUUUUGGUAUCUGGAUUCCGACUACUUUUGUGGGUACCGCUGCCAUUUUGAUUGGUAAUGUUGCUCUAAACUAUACCCCUUGGGGAGAGGCCUACGCUACCAUGGGCAUGGGAGGUCUCCUAAAUGAGGCAUUUAAAGCAUGGGGUGGAGGUGGCAAGUUUUUGCUUAUUUUGAUAUUCUUAUCACUUAUAUCAAACAACAUCCUCAACACUUACUCUGCUGCAUUCGGGGUGCAGCUCAUUGGGAUUCCCUUGGCGAAGAUUCCUCGGUGGGUAUGGGCCAUUGUGCUCACAGCCAUUUACCUCGUCUGCGCUAUUGUCGGACGCAACAAGUUUUCGGACAUCUUGGGCAAUUUUCUUCCGAUGGUUGGAUACUGGAUUCUGAUGUACUUCAUAAUGCUACUUGAGGAAAACACCAUUUUUCGCAGCCAUCGCUUCCACCACCUCUACACGGAGGAAAACGAGGAUAUUGCCGCUAGUGCGCACAAAAUCGAUGGCCCUGUGGGUCUCUACAAAAAAAGACCCAACGUUUUCUACAAUUUUGCCAUCUGGAACGACUACACGCGGCUCACCCAAGGUUUGGCGGCUACUCUAGCGUUUUUGUUCGGGGCCGCGGGAGCUGCCGUCGGCAUGUCACAAGCGUACUGGGUCGGGCCAUUGGCGAGAAAAGUCGGUGGGGAAGAAGGAGGCGAUAUUGCCAUGUGGCUUUGCAUGGGCUUCAGUGGAGUAGUGUACCCUUGGGCUCGCUACGUAGAGUUGAAAAAGUAUGGCAGGUGA